CCUUUUUCUCGUUACUCUUCAAUGGCCGCUUUGGUGCGUACGCGUGUGCGGAUCAUGGAAGAUAUCGCAGAUGAUGCUGAAUCUUCUUUGGAGGACACAAAUGAGCUGAACAACUCAGAUGGGGGGAGUGAUGAUCACGUAUCAUCUGAUGGAGGGAAUGACGGAGAUGAUGCAGAGGAUGAAGGUGGAGGUCUGGAGGAGGAGGAGGAGGAGGAGGAGGAGGAAGGCAAUCCCAAUGCUGGCUGGGCAGAGGCAAUGGCCAAGAUUUUGGGAAAGCAAACACCCAAGAGCAAAACCACCAUCUUGGUGAAAAACAAAGAACUGGACAAAGUGAAGGCAAAAGAAAAACAGGAGCAGUUGGAGAGGAAGGAGCAGACUGAUAAGAAACGAGCAUGGGAGAUGAUGUCCAGAGUAAAACCUGAUCUAGUGAAGGACCGUGAGGUUGAAAAAUCUUUGCAGAGAAUUGCCACCCGAGGUGUCGUGCAACUGUUCAAUGCGGUAAAAAUGCACCAAAAGAACAUCGACAGAAAGAUGGCGGAGGUUGAUGGCUCAGAGAGAAAGAAGGCAAAAAUACUUUCCUCAGUUUCCAAAAAAGACUUCAUCGAUGUUCUAAGGAAAACAGAAGGUGGCGCCAGAGUCAAAGUCAAGGCAGAAAAGGACACACAUACUACUGAGGUGGAGGAGAAACCAGCGUGGAGUGUCCUCAGUGAUGACUUUAUGAUGGGAGCGACGAUGAAAGACUGGGACAAAGAGGAACACACAGGAAGUGGUGCAGAUGGAAUUUAAUCCAAUUGACACUUUACGAAGAAAGAGACUAUGACUUAAUUGUGAUGAGGUUCAGACUAACCCGCAGCCAGGUGACAGUUCAAUCAAUAGGGGGCAGUGUUGUAUUCUGCGAGCUACAGUACUGUACUUGCUUCUGUGAAUGAAAUAAUGGGAAAUUCUUCAUGGGAUUGGGGUCUGCUCAGAAAGGAUUGAGAAUUUCCAGAAAUGUUGUCCUUUGUUGAUAUGAGAGAGGCAGGUCAUAUACAUGAAAGCAAAAUAAACUUUCAAAAGAGGACUGAUACAAUGUUUCUUUAGCUGGACUAUGUACCAGUUAACCACAAGGCUGCUUUGUUCAGCUCAAAUAUUCAAAGGUUGUUUAUGACCAUGUUUUGUACCUUUUUUUUUUUUAUGUACCCUGUGUAAAUAUCACCCUUUGUACAGUGCCACGGAAAUCAAAAGCUGUUCCCCUACUAUACUGCAA